UGGUGACAUUUCUUUAAACAAUUAUAAUUGUAUUAUUUUUCAAACUAACCUUAUCAGUUUUACAGAAAAAAGAUGUUUAAAAAGAGCAAAUAGUAUCUUUAUAAUAACCACUUAGUGAAAACGUUAAAAGUUUCAUAUGUUCCUUUCACAAUUUAAGUUCAUUUCUAAUAACCCGUUAUAGUAAUUAUCCGGUAGCCAUAUUUAAGUGAAAAUUAUGGAAACUGGAAAUACUGUAUAAUUAUUCAUUUUAUUAUAAUUUUUAUGAAAAGAAGACGAACUACAGUUACUUUCUGAUUCUACCAUAAAUUAAACAAGAACUCUUGACUGGUGAGUGAACCGUUGAAUUCUGUGCAACUGAAGUUACUUGUAUAUGCUACAUUGUAACUAAAACCGACCAUAUUCAUAAAUUUCUUUACUGAAAACGUACAAUAUAGAGUUCCUAAUGCUGGCAACAAUUUAUUAUAUUCCUGACGCAACGUAUUUAUGGGCAUUGAAACAGUUUGUAACAUGGAGACUGAAUCAGUAAAGUCGGAAAAUAGUUCACGUUCCCGGCGUUCCAGAAGUCAUAGAGAACGUAGCACACAUCGUCAGUAUUCUUACAGAAGUACUAGGAGUAAUAAGUCCACUCGUAAAAACGACUCAAUGGCCCCAUUUCAAACAGCAGUUACUCUCAAUGCCGAUUCCCGUGAAGGUCAAGAGGUUAUUGAAGUGCAAAUAUUACCCCAGGAUGAUAACUGGGGAGAAAACACAACAGCAGUAACUGGAAACACCUCAGAACAAUCACAGUCCACUGAAGAUGUGAGCAAUUGGCCUGGGGAGCCAGAUGCAGGCUUAGGAUUCUAUUGUUUUCAAUACAUGGGGUCAAUUUUUACUUAUGUGCUAUCAGCAGCUGCUUUUCUGAGUCCAGUUGCCAUGGUGAUACUCCCAAAAAUCGGAUUUUUCCCUGCAUUGUCUUCUCCCAUAGGAUUACAGAACGGCGAUAAACUUCUGACAUGUGGAGCAGAGUGUAAGGGACAGUUGAUCUCUUUGGCAUUUAAAUUAGCAAUUUUGGCAGGUGGAGCUUGGGCUGUUUUCCUUCGGAAACCAAAUGCAACGAUGCCGCGAAUAUUUUUGUUUAGAGCUGCAGCUCUGGUCUUUGUCUUGGUAGCCACUUUUGCCUAUUGGCUCUUCUACAUAGUUCAAGUGACAGAAACUGCAAAGGCCGCCACAACCCCUGAAGAAUCAGUAGACUACAAAGCUGUGGUAGCUUAUGCUGUCAGUCUGACUGAUACAUUACUUUUCAUUCAAUACUUGGCUGUAAUUCUGGUCGAAAUUCGACACUUGAAACCAGUUUAUUACAUAAAGAUUGUUCGCAGCCCUGAUGGAGCCAGUAAAUCAUAUGCCAUUGGUCAAUUAAGUAUCCAGAGGACUGCCGUUUGGGUGCUGGAGAAGUAUUACACUGAAUUUCCCAUAUACAAUCCAUACUUGGAGAGAAUACCUGUUUCUAAGUCACGAAAGGCCUCGUCCAGCUUCAAAUUUUACGAAGUUGAUGGUAUAAACAACACCAAUUCGCAGCAGUCCCAGUCCCGAGCUAUGUUGGCUGCUCAUGCCCGAAGAAGGGAUUCGAGUCACAAUGAAAGAUUUUAUGAAGAGCACGAAUAUGAAAGAAGAGUUAAAAAAAGGCGUGCACGUCUUAUAACAGCAGCUGAAGAAGCUUUCACCCACAUCAAGCGACUGCACAACGAUCAGGUUCCUGCAAUUCCGAUGGACCCCCACGAAGCCGCCCAAGCGGUGUUUCCAUCGCUUGCCAGAGCUCUUCAGAAAUACCUGAGAAUUACCAGGCAACAGCCAAGACAUUCUGUUGAAUCAAUUUUGAGUCAUUUAGCAAACUGUUUGAGUCACGAUUUAACACCUUGUGCUUUUUUAGAGCCGUACCUGGUGACUGAACCGGUGCUCCAGAAUGAUAAAGAAGUCAAGGAGGUGCAGACUUGGGCGCUUAUUUGCGAGGAACUUCUAUCGAGACCGAUCGGUGAUAAAACGGAGUUCCAGUUACGACAAAACGACGUUUCCUUGCUCUGUACUAUAAGAAAAUUGCCCCAUUUCAAUAUAACCGAAGAAGUUGUUGACCCAAAAAGCAACAAAUUUGUACUUCGAUUGAAUUCUGAAACAUCCGUAUGACCUCUGGAAUGUGACCGGUUGAUCUGAGGGGUUGGUUGAAGCUAGUGUAGGUAAUGUCUAUAUUUUGUGUAACAUUCUCUUUUUAUUUUUUACCUUUUCAUGUAAAGUAUGUUAUCAUCAAACAAAGACAUAAUAUGGUUUUCCAACAUCCUAUACACAAAUAUUUUAAAAAUGUUAUGUGUAUAGGAUGAAGAGUGAGUGGACGUCGUUUGUUUGUAAAAUGUAAACUUUAAGCCAAUGUACAUAAGAACAUAAUAAUUAGUAUAUUACGAAAUUUUUACUAAUUAUCGAAUACAUUAGAUUAAGAUUUCGUUUUAUAAAAGAACAAAAGAAGAAUAUUUGUAUUCAAUAGAAAACGAAAUGUAAAUCUGUAAAUAAUUAGUAAUCAAUUAGCAGUUUACUACUACGUGGGUCUUAAUUAAAUUUUUAUACUCAUUUAUAUUAUGAUAAAUUGGAAGACUGUUGCUAGUCAAACGUCUUACCAAAAAGGCUUUAAAUAUGAGGCAAAAAACAGUUUCAUUUAUACUGUUUGUGUAAUAUACUCAAAUACUUUUGGAAGGUAUCAAGACGGCUAAGCCACUGCCCUCAACGUGUCUGUAAAUAGAUAGAUGGUUUGAUUAAUGAUGUGUCAGUAUUGAUUGAAGUGUUUUAUAAAAUGAUUUUUUAAGGAAGAAACAAAAUCCUAUUUUUAUAGGAUUUUUAGAUUGUUUUUUUAAUGAUGUAAAGGUAUUUGUACCUUUGAAUCUCAUAACUUGAUCUCCCAAAUUAUUUGUAGUUGGAAAAGAAACGUUAAUAAUAAACAGCGCAACUUAAUGAUAUUAUAUAAAAAGUUUGUGUUGAUUUAUAAAUACUAUAGUUAAGAAAAUACUUUUUUUGAAGUAUUAGUAUUUUAAAAACUGACACCUCUUAUUAG